AUGGCGGGACAGAAUAGGCUUAUGGAGUUGAAUGAGCUUGAAGAAUUCCGAAAUGAAGCUUAUGAGAAUGCGAAGAUCUACAAGGAGAAGUCGAAGGCCUUUCAUGAUAAGCGAAUAUUGAGGAAGGAUUUUCAACCAGGAGAUAAGGUCCUGCUAUUUAAUUCCAGACUUAAACUUUUUCCUGGUAAAUUGAAGUUGCGAUGGUCAGGACCGUACACGGUAGUUGUGUCACUUCCUUAUGGAGCAGUGCAAGUUCAUAGUGAGAAGACGGGCCAUGUUAAGGUGAAUGGUCAGAGGUUGAAGCAUUACUUGGAGGGUCCGGUGGAAAAAUGCAAGUCCGUGGUGACGUUGGAACCAAUUUGA